AUGGACGUCCGGAACCUCGGCAGCAUCUUCAAACGCGCGGGCGGCGGCGGCGGCGGCGAGGAGGGCAUCGGAUACGUCCCUGCUCCCUCGAUAGGCCACGAGAUAGGUGUGAUGUUUGGCGGAAUUGGGGCCAUGAUCUUAGGCAUGUUGUUGUUCCUGGCCUGGUGGCGCAUCCAUCUGAAACACGAGGAGGCCAGGGAGCGCAAGAGAGUGGAUGACCUGAGGCAGAGGGGGCUGCUGAAGGACGUAUUGCAGAGCAGCUCUCCCGCGAGGAACGGAGGCGGACAGGAGAAGGCUGCGGCGUGA